AUGGUGUCACGGGUUUUGGACGUACAGAAUACCAUCUCGAAGCAAUUGGAGAUCAACCUGCAGGUGUACGACGUUGCUGAAUUUCUGGAUAAUUUUCUGUCUAGUGCUGAGAACGAUGCCGAAAUGCCUAACUGGAGCAUCUCGAAGGCAUUUAGUCGAUUUCAAACCUUGCUCGGCCUACUAACCGUCUUUGGAUUUGAUGGUAUUGAGUAUGAAGAUAUUUCUGACACCGGCCAAUUAUCCUCGAUUUCUCUCAAGCUUCGAGAUUUUAAAGAUGGGAAGGAUCCGGCACCCUUUGCAGCUUGGUCCGGCUCAGAUAUCGCUUACUUGUAA